AUUAUUGACGUUGACACACACACACAGACGCACACGUUGCAACCUUCCACCUCAGUCUUCAAUCAAUUCUACUUCCAAAUUAAUAUCUCCCAUUGCAUCGCCACCCUAACUUUCUUUUGUUGGCCUUUGCCAUACACAUGCUGCUCAUCAGAUACUCCCUUCGAAUCUAGCGAACAUGGCUAUGGCUAGUUUUCUUGCUGUGUUUUUAUUGAUGGAGUUAAUAGCAGGUGGUUACAGAGACGGAGCGAAUGGCCUAAGCAUGAACUACUACUUUUUCAGCUGCCCAUCUGCCGAGGCAAUUGUGAGGAACACAGUAACAAGUGCUUUGCAGUCUGAUCCUACCUUAGCAGCUGGUCUUGUUAGGAUGCAUUUUCAUGAUUGCUGGAUACAAGGAUGUGAUGGGUCUGUCCUGCUUGACUCAACAAAGGAUAACACAGCAGAGAAGGAAUCUCCAGGAAAUCAAAGCGUGAGAGGCUUUGAACUCAUUGAUGAUGUAAAGGAGCAACUUGAAAAGCAAUGCCCUGGUGUUGUCUCAUGCGCUGACAUUGUUGCUAUGGCUGCUAGAGAGGCUGUUGCUUUGUCAGGAGGUCCAGUAUAUGACAUACCAAAAGGAAGAAAAGAUGGAAGGAGGUCUAAGAUUGAAGAUACUCUCAAUGCGCCUGCUCCAACUUUUAAUGCCUCGGAGCUCGUUAGAGUCUUUGGCCUCCGUGGUUUUAGUGCCCAAGACAUGGUUGCCUUGUCUGGGGGGCACACACUAGGGGUGGCAAGGUGUUUAACGUUCAAAAAUAGGUUGAGUGACCCUGCUGACCCGACUAUGGAUUCAUACUUUUCAAAGACCUUGUCCAAAACAUGUAGUGGCGGAGACGAUGCAGAACAAACAUUUGAUAUGACAAGAAAUAAUUUUGAUAACUUCUACUUCCAAGCAUUGCAGAGGAAAUCGGGAGUUCUUUUUUCAGACCAAACCCUAUACAAUAAUCCAAUAACAAAAUCAAUUGUCAAGGGCUACGCUAUGAACCAGGCUAAGUUUUUCCUUGAUUUUCAACAGGCAAUGGUGAAAAUGAGCUUGCUCGAUGUCAAGGAGGGAUCACAAGGAGAAGUAAGAGCAGAUUGUCGUAAAAUUAACUGAAUGUUGUUGUGAAAUGGUUCUUGUACGUAGAUUAAGAGAAUAGAUUUGUCGUCCUCGUGUAGAUUAUUAAAAAUUUCCUAUAAAUUUAAGCUGCUUGACUUUAUGAUGGGUGAUAGCAAUAUGGAGCUAGCUUUAACCUUAGUAUUUGUAUAUUUGAGAUUUCGGAGUGAGUAAAUAGUUGAAGCAUUGUCCAUAUAUCUUCAUGAUGUUGCUGGAUGACACUAUAUUUCACAUGAAACAAUUAUAUAGCUUUGACUUGGAAGGCACU